AUUGUGGAUUGCCUAAUAAAGAAGCGUUUUUAUGGAAACACAUGAUAUCCAGAACAUCUUUCUUUUGAACUCUGUGUAUCUCUACAGCGCUUGGGACGAGAGCGCUGUGUUCUAGUUGGCGAGUCCAUAUUUCGGCAUGUGACGUCAUCCCACGCUCCAUAGUGCUGUGAAUACAGGAAGAGGAGAACAAAACAACUCAGCAGGGGACAUGUGAUUGGGAGAAGGGAUUUGCAGGUUAGAUUUCCCGGAGAAGGUUUUACGGAGAAGGAAUUAAAGGGGAAUGUACCUAUAGGAUAAUGGGGCGUUGGACACAAUGACAGGCUGAUACUCUCCCUUUAUCCCUUGAGUGCCUGCAGGGGAGACCUUCCUCGCUACAAGCAAAAACAUGGUUAAUAAUUCAACAAACACUGUUGCUACUACAGUGCACACAUUUAUCACAUCGGCCCCGGAAUCCUGGAUUGACAGUAUCCUGAACCGCAUCCCAUUGCCACGAUGGGCCAUAUAUGCCUUGGCAGGGGUGGCAGCAUUCCUGAUCUUGCUUAUAUUUAUCUGCUGCCUCUGCUGUUGCUGCCGACGCAAUAGUAAACAAAAAAAAAAGGAAAAAAUCAGCCUCCGUGAUGCGCCCGCUACAGUCACUACCAGCCUGGUCCAGCCGGAUUUAGAAGGUCUUGUGAAAGCAGAGCGGAACGAGUAUCGCGGCCGUCUGCAGUACUCGCUAGAGUAUAACUUCCAGAAGGAGGAGAUCACCGUGUUGGUGAAGCAAGCAGCCAGUCUGAAAGCUAUGGACAGUGGGGGCACGUCAGACCCGUACGUCAUUGUGUAUCUCACCAAUGACACUCGCAAGAAGCACGAAACCAAAGUAUAUCGCAAGACGCUCAACCCGGUUUUCAACGAGAGCUUCAACUUCCAGAUACCACAGUCAGAUAUAGCAGAAACGGCGGUUGUGCUUCAGGUUUUUGAUUUUAACCGAUUCUCUAAACACGAUGUGAUUGGCGAGGUGCGAUUGCCGCUGGGGGAAGUAGAGCUACAGCAUGUGAUUGAGGAGUGGAAGGAGCUCAAACCUGCUUCAAAGAUAGAGCAAGAGCGCCUGGGGGAGAUCUGCUUCUCUCUAAGAUACGUCCCCAGCACUAGCAAACUUACCGUUGUUAUCCUUGAGGCCAAAAAGCUGAAGAAGAUGGAUUCCGAUGGAUUCUCAGACCCGUACGUGAAAGUACAUUUGGCCCUAAAUAAAAAGAAGUGGAAACGGAAAAAGACAACAGUGAAGAAGAACACGCUGAGUCCUUAUUUUAAUGAGGCGUUUACCUUUGACGUGUCUCUGCAGCAGAUGCAGAAUAUUGACCUGAUCAUCUCAGUGUGGGAUCAUGAUAAAGUCAAUAAGAAUAAGCAGAUCGGAAAGCUGUUCUUGGGGUGUCGAGCCUCAGGAAAUGCUCUGCGGCACUGGUCAGACAUGCUUGCGCACCCCAGGCGACCUAUGGCUCAAUGGCACAAUCUCCAGCCGGCAGAAGAAGUAGACAAGACCUUGGGACUGAAAACCAAACUUAAAAUACCCCUUCCCAAUAGUUAGUGGCCUGGACUACUCAUAGACUGAUUUCUAGCAGAACAUUAGUAAGAGGUCCUUCCCAAUAGUUAGUGGCCUGGACUACUCAUAGGGGCCCAUUUAUCAAAUGUCUGUCGGACCUGAUCCGACAGUGCGGUUCAGGUCCGACAGACAUUGCUGAAUGUGGAGAGUAAUACGCUCUCCGUAUUCAGCAUUGCACCAGUGGCUUACAAGAGCUGCUGGUGCAACGCCGCCCCUGCAGACUCGUGCCCAAUCGGCCGCCAGCAGGGAGGUGUCAAUCAACCCGAUCGUACUCGAUCGGGUUGUAUUGUGGCGAUUCCUGUCCGCCUGCUCAGAGCAGGCGGACAGGGUUAUGGAGCAGCGGUCUUUAGACAGCUGCUUCAUAACUGGUGUUUCUGGUGAGUCUGAAGACUCGCCAGAAACACAGCCCUUCAAGCUCCAUAGGGAGCUUGAUAAAUGGGCCUCAUAGACUGAUUUCUUGCAGAACAUUAGUCAGAGGUCUUUACCAAUAGUUAGUGGCCUGGGCUACUCAUAGACUGAUUUCUUGCAGAACAUUAGUAAGAGGUCCUUCCCAAUAGUUAGUGGCCUGGACUACUCAUAGACUCUUUAGUAAGAGGUCCUUCCCAAUUUUCCUCAGGAAGCAGCAUGCAACCCUAAUGAGAUGCCUUCUAUAUUACCUCAUAACCCUUCUACAGGAUAUGAUGCUUGUCAUAACAUAGAGGACCCCAAACUCUCAUAAUAAGGACAUUUCCUGAAUAUUAUUUAGAGAUUUGUUAUGCACCGAGGUUCAUAGAAAGUCUAAUUCAGCAAUAAAGGGACGCUAACAAUUUCUCUCAUUUGAAAAAAGCACUAUUUUAUCAAGUUAAAAAUAUUUUUUGCAUGACAAAAUGUUACGUGAAAGCUGAGAAGCACGUGUCUGUGUAUAGCUUGUCCUUAAAGAGACAUUGUACUGUCAUUUUUUAUUUUGUCAUUUGAAAAAGCUGAUUUUUGCCUGUUGAUACCACUACCUUUACUGAAAAUAUGUAUACUGCAGUAUUGAAAAGUUAUGCAAAAAAGAAUAAUUAGCAAAAAUCAGCCUCCCUGUAGGAGGUUGUACCUAGAGCUUGGAAUAAAAUUAACACUUAGCAUCUAUUUGAGCACGUUGUCCAUUUUUUCUAAUGCCUUGUUUUUAUAUUAUUGUUAAGAUUGGGAGGUCUGCUCUUCCUGCAGGAUCAGCCCAUUUGAAGAAACAGGUUCUUAAAAAUGGGCAAAAGUGCAAAGUGCAAAAACAGCUAUUUCACAUGCAUUAAUAAACCUAAAGGGACAGUCUGCUUGAUUUUUUUUUAUUGUUUAAAACUAUAGCUAACGCCUUUACUACCCAUUCCCCAGCUUUGCACAACCAACAUUGUUAUAUUAAUAUACUUUAUAACAUUUAAACCUCUAAAUGUCUGCCUGUAUCUAAGCCCCUGUAGGCUAUCUCCUAUCUAAUGCAUUUUUAUCAGCUUUUCACAGCCAGACAGGGCUAGUUCAUGUGUUCCAUUUAGAUAACAUUGUGCUCACUCCCGUGGCAUUAUGCAGGAACCAGCACUAAUUGACUAAAAUGCAAGUUAGUAAAUAGCCAUGUGAUAAGGGGGCUGCCUGAAGAGGCUUAGAUACAAGGUAAUCACAGAGGUAAAAAUUGUAUUACUAUAACCAUGUUGGUUAUGCAAAACUGGGGAAUGGGUAAUUAAGGGAUUAUCUAUCUUUUUAAACAAUAACAUUUUUCGGGGAGACUGUCCCUUUAAGGGGUAAUUUUUCAUACAUUUAAUUCUUUGCAGUUGGUAUAAUAAGUCAUUGAAAGCACAUGAAGGGGAAAAUAAUUGUACAGUACACUGUCCCUUUAAGGAUUGUUUUCUCGUUACCUGAUCAGCAAAACUGCUGUUGCUACUGGUGAACAAUGACGCACAGGAAAUCAACUAUAAAAAUCUUUAUUUAAAGGAAUAUUAAACAGUACGACAUUGUAAUAUAAAAUGUAUAAUUAUCAAUACUUUAAAAACUUUACAAUAUACUUUAUUUAUUUUGUCUUCUUUUCCUGUAAAUUAACUCUGAGCACUGUUAGUUUUCAAAAUUCUACUGAGUUUCUAUAAAGCAAUAGGCGCCGCCAUGUUUUAACUUAAGUUUCCCCUUAUCUAUCCUUCCCGCUGAGGACAAUGAACUAAAUAUAUAAAACAGACAAUAAAAGAGACUUCCAAACUAAACUGUGUGGGACACAGGACAAUCUAAAAAGUCUUGUUUCCACAAACAGUGAUAAACAGGAAACUAGUUCAAACAUGGCGGCGCACGUUACUUUAUAAAACUAAAGUAUUUUAUAGAAACUAAACCUUUACACGUAUAUUUUCAGUAUUUUAACAACUAAUAUAACUGUAAUAAAAUACAUCUGUAUAUUAUUCUAAGGCUGAUCUUUGCUUUGAAUACCUCAUUAUGUCUAGCGUGUAUUUACUGUUUAACGUCCCUUUAAUGAGAGAGUAUACAAUAAAAACUAUUUAUUAAGAAA